GCAUUAUCUAUUUGUGCUAGUGAUGGAAUAUCUCACAAGGAAAUUGAAGGAGUUAGAUAUGCAGGAGAAGUUUAAAUAUCAUAGGAAGUGUCGAGUGAUGCAACUUACGCACUUGAUCUUUGCAGAUGACAUUAUGACUUUUUGUAAGGCUGAUGAGGAGUCCACUGUUUUGAUGAUGCAAAAGUUUGAGGAGUUUGCCCGAGUCUCUGGGUUGGAAGUGAAUAGAAUGAAGAGUCAGGUUUUCUUCAAUGGUGUUAGAAAAGGGCAAAAAGUUGCUUUAAUUCAGAAGUUGGGUUUUGCUGAGGGACAGCUUCCAGUUAGAUAUUUGGGGUUGCCAUUGAUUUCAAAAAAGCUGUCUCCUGAGGCAAGUCAACCUAUUAUCGAUAAAAUUCAUCAGAGAAUUGGCUCUUGGGUAACAAAAUUCCUUUCAUAUGCAGCAUGGGAUGAUGUAUGUGUGCCAAGGAAAAAAGGGGCGACUAGGGGUGAAGCAAUUGCUGCAUUGGAAUAAGGCAGCAUUAGGCAAAUUGGUUUGGAAUAUAUGUCAACAUCAAGAGUCGCUAUGGGUUAAGUGGGCAUAGGUGGUGCUGUUAAGGGGUGAAAAUUUUUGAAAGGUUAAAAUCCCAGCGGAUUGUGCUUGGACAUGGAGGCAAGUUUUAAAACUUCGUCCUCUACUGAAAAAUAUCAUUUGGAUGCAAGUGGGAGAUGGAAGGCAAGUUUCACUAUUCUAUGAUUGGUGGGCAGGUGAGUUAAGGUUCUGUGAGUUGAUCUCAAAGGAUGAGAUUGCUGUUUGGGGCCAUGACCUUACAGUUAGUGAGUGGUGGGAUGGUUUAGAUUGGACCAUUCCAGAUAGUUUUGUGAGAAGACAUCCCAUGCUUUGUCCAGAUUAUUAGAUGUCAAAAACUAUCUUAACAAGUGGACAAGGCUGUAUGGAAACCUGCAAAGAAUGGUUUGUUUACUAUUUCAAGUUUCUAUAAGUUCCUAAGAGUGAAACGCCUUAAGGUAGAAUGGCAUCAUAUUGUUUGGGCAGGGUGCAUUUUCCCGCGACAUAGAUUCAUCUUUUGGUUGGUAUUGCGGGGUAGACUAAAAACUAGAGAUUUACUAACAAGUAGAGGUAUGAGAAUUGAGAAAGGGUGCUGCUUGUGUGGUAGAUAUGAUGAAACUUGUGAGCACCUAUUUUUUUAUUGUAGUUUUGCUAAAGAAGUGUGGAGGUUAGUCUUGAACUUCUUGAAUAUUCACAAACAACCAAAAAGGUGGAGUGUUGAAUGGCUAUGGUUAAAGAAGGCAUGUAAAGGCCAAUCGACACAGUCAAACAAGUUGAAGGCUGCGGUAACUGCCACUAUAUAUAUGAUUUGGCAAGAAAGAAAUAGGAGAGUAACUCUUAGUAAGUUUUUGGUUGAAAAGGAUAUAUAUAAUGAAAUAAUUAAUUUUUU